AUGUUUGAUAUAGACUACAUAGGGAUCAAUCAACUUGCUUAUACUUUCAACAAGCUUGUCAAUUCAAAUUCAAAUGCGUUCACCAGUCAGUUGAUUGACAUGGCAGCGGAAUGCCUCGAAUUAAUGGAUAGGUAUCAGGCGUUGCAUCCGUCAUAUAUUCAGAUGCUAUCGUUUCUCAUGUCUCAAAAUAUUGAUACCUCCAAAUACAACGAUGAAUGGGUUGGCCGAUUGAACUCCUGGUUGGGGGACUACACAUCUCAAUUGAAAGUAUACGAGAACCAAACAAAUUUGAAAGCUGAAAAUGCUGGUGAAUUUUUUGAAAGAAUAAGAACUAUUGUGAUAUCAUUGACAAUUCAAACAAAGUAUCAAGAAGCACUCAACUAUUUGAAUAGGUAUGCUUCUGUUGUUGAAUUCUCAACCCAACCGAAAACUAAACAACAAUUUCAUGCCAAUAGGUAUGUCGAAUACUUGUUUAUGAAGUUCAUAAUCCACAUUUUUAGCUUAAUUUGGUUUCCCUUGGAUGAUAAUGAUUAUACCAUUGCCGCUGGGAUGUAUGUGAAGGAAGGUGAUAAACUACUUUACUCGACAUCAUCCUUUAAGCCAUUGACGAAGAUAUAUAAUGUGGUGAUUUCGUAUCAGAAAAAGAAUAGUGCCUUGUUUGAAGAAAAUGACGACGAGCUGAGAUAUUAUUGGCUAGUGAAAUUUCUACAUCUCAGUUUACUAUUCAAGCAAUUUGAGUUUGUUGAAUUCCAGAAGGAGUUUUUUGACUUGUUUGUUUCACAGAAGGAACCAACAAAGUACUUGUUUGCUGAUACUUUGCUUAUAAAGAGAAACCUUCUUGUCAUGUACGCGAUAGUGUUGAUCUUCACUAAACUGUUCAAUACACUAACUUCAAUUAACAUUGAAAAUGAGCAAUUGAUUGAUUCGUAUUAUAGAGAUCCGUCUUCAAUCGAGUACAAAUUUUUCAGCCGAGUGUUAAAGCCAUUGGGAAAACUAGAUAUGUUCGGUGUGAGAAAAGCUCUCUCCAACAGCUCAUUUCUAUCUGAGCUUAUUGCUACAUUAGAAUACACACUACCAGUGUCCACAGCAAGGUUUUCAAAUAAUUCCAAUUUUUUCAUUGAACAUAUGAAAACUACGAUUGAUUUCAAGGUGUUUUUACUUUUGAUUACAAAUUCAAGGUCUAUAUCAAGGUUGCAGGCGUUGAAGUUGAUGGGAUAUGAUUUGACGUCCGCUAGUGACCUGGAAUUGAAUGAAGUUUCCAAUCAAUUGGUGGGGAUUGUAUCGGCACUAGGUUUGGGAAGGGUUGGCAUCAAUUACCUAGCCGAUAAACAGUUAUUUAUUAAUAAUGGGGGCAUAAGUACUGCUGAUGAGGUGAGCAGAUUGCAAGAUGAAAUCGAUGAUGUACAAAAUGAAUUAAAGGGUGAAUCAUUGACUGUAUUGAUUGCUAAUUUGGUUCUGUCAAGCCUCUGCAACGAAGAAUAA